AUGCGCCUCGCAAAUCAUCUCCCAGGCAGCGCCACGCUGCUCACGGUCUUUGCCCUCUUUAACGGCAUUGUCGUGCCCGUCCAUGCCGCUGACAGCGACAGCAAAAGUGAUUCCGCUUCUGCUUCCGCUUCUGCUUCUGCUUCCGCUUCCGACUCCAAGUCCGCCUCUGCCUCGCCCUCCAACUCAAAGGCCUCGGCCAGCUCGACCGACUCCAAGUCAUCGUCGCCUUCAUCCGCAUCUCCGACCCCGACGUCCAAGAGCGCCUCUGCGACAAAGUCCUCCGAUACCAACACAGACAGCGGCGGCCUCACCGGCCUCCCGACCCUCACCAACAUCGCAGCCAUACCGACGUACCCCCCGCCGGCCGUCCCCGAUACCAAGGAUGCCCCCUUCAUGCAGUCUUCCAGCGCCCCCGAGGGCACCGUCUUCAUCGCCGUCGGCGCCAUCCUUGGCGCCUUCUUCCUUGCUGUCCUGAUCUGGCGCGCCAUUGUCAGCCUCCUGCUGCACCGCUCCGUUGAGCGCGCCUCCAAAGCUCAGCAUGCCGCCAACAUCAAGAAGUCCUCCUCUGGCAACUCCGCCUUCCCGGCGCCCCCUGCGCCUUUCUACAAGUACACCGACCAUGAAUCCACACGCUCUAUCGGCCAGAACGCCCGCCGAACGAACCGACGCUCAACUCGUGGCCCGGAUCCUGCCUCUGAUCCCAGCCAGUCCAACCUCUUCUUCUCACCCACUGCCGCUACCAGUGGCGCUGGUGGCAACCGCGGCUCCGCGUAUCUGCCCUCUGGCUUCUAUGCUGCCGGGUCUGCCGCCACGGCGCACCAGCAAGGCCAGUCUAUCAGCAUGUCCAACCUCAGCCCUGCCCCCGGUGGAUACGCCAACGGCUCCCGCCAUAACCUCAACGCCUCGCCGCCCGAGUCUCCCAUGUUUCACGCCCGCCACGAUGCUAGUACCUCGUCGGUAAACCUUGCCGCGCCAUUGCAAGCCGGCCAAAGAGCUCCGAGCGCCUAUCUUGAAGAUCUGUUGGCCGAGGACCCGUCUGCCCUCCCCCCGCCAAGCAUGCCAGGCUCCCGUCGAUAG